AUGGCGUCGUGGCUGCCGGAGACUCUGUUCGAAAUUGUAGGACAAGGCCCGGCGCCGAGCAAAGACUACCACCAGUUAUUGGUCACCCGGUCCCAGGUCAUUUUUAGAUGGUGGAAGAUUUCUCUGAGGAGUGAGUAUCGGUCAGCAAAACCUGGAGAAACCAAAGAAUCUCAUGAAGACUUUCUAGAGAAUUCACAUCUUCAAGUUCAAAUUGCCUUAAUAUUUGGUCCAAGAAUAUUAGACUAUGUCUUCAAUUUGUGCGAAGGCAAUAUUGACUUCCUUGAGCGGCUCUCAGACAAAUUGCUCCUGAAAAUCAUUUCUUAUCUGGAUCUUGAAGAUGUUGCCAGGCUUUCUCAAACAUCACGCAGAUUUUCAAAGCUGUGCAGGUCUGACAGACUGUGGGAGCUGAUAGUCGAGUCUGCCUGUGACGUCACCCCUGACCUGCGGGCCCUGGCCAAGGAGAUGGGGUGGAGACAGAUGUUCUUCACCAGCAAGUUGCAGCUCCAGCGACAGAUCCGCAAGAGGAAGCAAAGACAAGAAAGCCAGGACGACGGUUACUUUUAGGGAUGUUUUUUGUUUGUUUUGUUUUGUGUUUUUUGGGGGCUUGAAGCAUGGCU